AUGUGCGUAAUGGCGUCGUGUGACUUAGAGUUUGUGAAAGUAAUAGAAAAAGGUCGUUUUUUGAGGAUAUAUGAGACGAAGAGGGUGGAUAGUGGUGGAGUCGGUGGGAAACACGCCGUGAAGCUGUUUACCAGGUUCGAUCCAAAGACGGUUGAGCAUAUUCUUUGCGAAGAGUACAUGUUGAGACGCAUCGCCACAGCAACCAAUCAGCCCCCAUUCGUUAUCACCUACUUCGAGUCCAUGGAAUUGCGAGGUUAUUCCGCUUUCCUGUUGAGUAGUGUCAAAUGUGGUGGAAUGACAGAAGAACAGGCCAAAUUCUAUGCUUGUGAGCUCAUCUGUGGCUUGGAGCAUCUCCACUCACUGGACAUUGUGCAUUGUGAUAUCAAACCGGAGAAUAUCUUUCCCUACCACACCGGCCAUAUCAUGAUCGCCGACUUCGAUUUUGCCGUGGACCAAUCAGUGCGCGGUGAUCCUAACUACAGAAACUAUGCUGGUGGAACGCCAGGCUAUGUAGCUCCUGAGAUUUUGAAGAGAAUGACUUGCACGAAGAAAUCGGAUGUGUGGAGUAUGGCUGCUGUGAUAGGUGAUCUAGUCAGUGCCAGAAUGUUGAGGGUGACAAGGGUCCAAUUGGGAAACACAAAAUCCGGAACGUGGUAUAAGCCUUUCUUGGCUAAUCUCACAAAUCCCUUCCAACUGUUCUUUACUCGAUGCUUCCGUGAAGACUAUAGACUGCGUCCGGCCAUUUGUGAGGUCAAACAAUUGAACUUCUUCGAAGACGUGGACUGGCAAAUGGUGGAGAAUCUCAAACUCACUCCCCCAUUCCACUUCCUCCACGAGGAGAAUUCACCUCAGCAACUGCCACAGGUGGGAAACAUCAACGAUGAUUCCAUAGUUGGUGGACCACGUGCUCCCUCCGAAGUGGACAACGACAUCGUCGCUUCAAGACCUAAAAGCCAUGAAAGUAUCUCGUUUCAUUCGGAUGAAGACAGUAUUUUGUCGAGGUCGCCAAGUCUGGAGUUUAACGAACACUGUGAAUGGGUGCCGAUCCGAAAGCAGUUCCAUGAAACCCCCUAA